GCUGUUCCUCGAUCUGGGGUGGCUCGAACCCAUCCUUCCCGUACACGACGAACAGCAAGGGAGAGGGCCCUGCCUGGGCAAACUCCUUGUUCGAAGACAAUGCUGAGUUCGGCUUCGGCAUGCGCAAGGCCUUUAAGCAGCGCCGCGACUACCUCGCAUUGCAAGUGGAGGACACCUUGGCGGAUCAGUCCGUGAAGAUGUCUGACGAAUUGCGCCAGGCCCUGCAGCAGUUCUUGGUGAUGCGCAAGGAGCAGAUGCACGACCUCUUGCUGCCAAAAGGCCGCAGCAUCUACCAUCAGAUCAUGGAGAAGCUCGUGCCGUUGCUGGAGAAGGAGAAGGGCACGCAUCCAAAGAUCCACAACCUCUACGACUUGGAAGACAUGUUCGGCCGCAGCAGCUUCUGGAUCGUUGGCGGAGACGGCUGGGCCUACGACAUCGGCUACGGUGGCUUGGACCACGUGAUUGCCAGCGAGGAGCACGUGAACAUUCUC